CCCAGCUGCUGUGCCUUGUCACAUUCUGCAGAACAUGAUAGCUACGCAAUUUGUGUGGGAGCGAAUUCGGCUCCUCUCUAAAUACAAACAACAAGAAGAACCGAAUGUGUUGUGCGAAUCAGGACGUUUUAAAUGCAAGAAGGGCAGGAUAUGUAGCAAAUCAAGUAGUCGUGCAUUGGUGCUGCACGGUAGACUUAAUAAGUGGAUAGGCGGACAGACAGCAGGCUGAUAGUGCACAUAAAUCAAGAGCGCAAACGGGACAAUCGUACUUAUCCCAGAGGACGAGUUGGAACUAAAUACGGAAUUUCAUUCGGAUUGAUCAGCAGCUGAUCUCUUUUGCCUUUUCUGAUGUGGGUGAGGUGUCAUUGAAAUGGACUUGGACCCCUUGGCGUGAUUUCAGGUAUUAUUGGAGUUUGUAGGGUAUGUUAUCUAGAUUUCGAUCUAGUUUACUAUUUGAGCAAGGCCAUUGAACUGAUCCGAUGAAGUUAUUCCGGUCGGCUUUUCGAUUAAACGAAUCAUUCGGCGCAUUCCAAACCUCACUUUUGACAUGACGUUGACUAUUCUUUUGAACGAUGUGUUAAAAUUGAGCGUGGGUGAAUAUUCCAUACAAUUAUUUUAGCUUUGUAGCGGAUUGACUCUAAACAACUAGUGGACGCGAAACCUCAAGUGUCGUGUCUAUGAACGGAUUUAUUCCCUUUAUUUUGAAUUUAUUGCAGUUUUUACCCUUUUGCACAAUCUACUGGUGGCAAACUGAAAACCACACGUCUGCUGCUCCUAUUUUCGUGUGCCCAAAUCGUUGCGCACAGCAGACGUUCUUUUUUUCUCUCUCUCUCCGGACAAUAAUCAUCCCGCUUUCUCUCUACGUACGAUGUAUGAGAGUGUGGACGUCGUGGGACUGAAUCCCAGCCCGAACCCGUUUUUAAUGAUGGAUUACUACAACCAGAGCAGAGGAUGUUUGAUCCCAGAGAAAGGACUUGUGCCCGGAGCGCCCCAUCACUACAGCACGUCCAUCAGAAACCAACACUGGAACGGCUCGAAUCACUCGAUAGAGACACAGAGUACCAGCUCAGAGGAGAUAGUGCCAAGCCCGCCGUCGCCCCCUCCUCCCCCGAGGGUCUACAAGCCCUGCUUCGUGUGCCAGGACAAAUCCUCAGGAUACCACUAUGGAGUCAGUGCCUGCGAAGGCUGCAAGGGCUUCUUUCGGAGGAGCAUCCAGAAGAGCAUGGUGUAUACGUGUCAUCGGGAGAAGAACUGCAUCAUCAACAAGGUCACCAGGAACCGCUGCCAGUACUGCCGGCUGCAGAAGUGCUUGGAAGUGGGCAUGUCCAAGGAGUCUCCUCGCUCCAGCUCCAAAGGCGGGAUGGUGUUGGGCCCCCAGCCGCCGCCCCCACCAUUGGAGACCGGGAGGGGACAGACUGGGGGGCCAGGGGCGGACAGGGCAGCUCCCCCGGCGGUGAGGAAUGACCGGAACAAGAAGAAGAAGGAUGAGAAGAAGCAGGAGUGCCCGGAGAGCUACGUGCUGAGCAUUGAGACGGAGCAGAUGAUUAACAGGGUCAGCAAGGCGCAUAAGGAGACCUUCCCUUCGCUCUGCCAGCUGGGCAAAUACACCACGAGUAACAGCUCGGAGCGGCGCGUGGCUCUGGACGUGGACCUGUGGGACAAGUUCAGUGAGCUGUCCACCAAGUGUAUCAUCAAGACGGUGGAGUUCGCCAAGCAGCUUCCUGGCUUCACCACGCUCACCAUCGCUGACCAGAUCACCCUGCUCAAGGCCGCCUGUCUGGACAUACUGAUUCUGCGGAUCUGCACGCGCUACACGCCGGAGCAGGACACCAUGACGUUCUCGGAUGGCCUGACGCUAAACCGGACCCAGAUGCACAAUGCCGGCUUCGGACCUCUCACCGACCUGGUGUUCGCCUUCGCCAACCAGCUCCUCCCCCUGGAGAUGGAUGAUGCUGAGACGGGACUGCUCAGCGCCAUCUGUCUGCUGUGUGGAGAUCGGCAGGACCUGGAGCAGGCAGACAAGGUGGACGUACUACAGGAGCCCCUACUGGAGGCUCUGAAGAUCUACGUGAGGAAGAGGAGGCCUCACAAACCGCACAUGUUCCCCAAGAUGCUGAUGAAGAUCACCGACCUGAGGAGCAUUAGCGCCAAAGGAGCCGAGCGUGUCAUCACCCUGAAGAUGGAGAUCCCCGGCUCCAUGCCCCCUCUCAUCCAGGAGAUGCUGGAGAACUCUGAGGGUCUGGAGAGCGGGGCCGCGGGCACCCGGACCAGCGGAGCCCCCCCGGGCAGCUGCAGCCCCAGCCUGUCCCCCAGCUCCGCCCAAAGCAGCCCCAGCCCCACCACACAGUCGCCGUAGCAAGCCCUCCUUUUUCCUCAUUCACUUCAAUCUCCCUGUGGGUUUGGGGGUGUCCUCGCUGGACACAGAGACCGGCGUGCUCUUAAGUGUUCCUCCCCCCCGCGUGACACACCCUCUCCUGCUCCUCCCCCUCAAAGACGCUGUCUGGAAAAUGGCGAAAAGGUGGCGGCGGGAUUUCUCUGAAUGACCAUGCUGGAACACUGCUGACAUCUCCCCCACGCCCCUCUCUACCCACCUCUGCCUGAAAGACUGAGGGCAGGAACAUGAAGGAGCCGUCCGAGUUGUGAACACUGGUCCACUCAGGGAGGCUGGCGGGAAAUGGGGACAGACAAACGGACAGGACAAACAGCGAGACUAACACCAGACACCUUUUUUUGCGUUUCUCAGAGGAGGACUGCAGGCAUGGACUUGUCAAAGAAGACCACACAAAAAGACUGGGUCUUUCUACUUUUCCAACUUGGAAAAAACAGAUUUCGUACAAAAGAUAUAUAAAUAUAUAUAGAAAAGUAAGGAACUAUUGUGAUUGACUUGUACAUGAUGGAGUAACAGGUUAGAGAAGGUUAUAAUUGUUGAUUUAAAUGCUCUUAUGUUCCUCCACUGUUUUAAUCGUCUCAUACUCAUGAGAGUAUCAAAAGAGAACUGUUCCGUUGUUUUAUCACAUACCCAAUGUUCUAAUUAACAAAAGUCAAGAAGUUGAAAUGGCUUUUUCAAUUCACAGACACGACACAGACAUGCACAGAAAAGAGUUCUGAGAAAUGUCGCACUAUUCCGGGUCGGGUUUGUUUUUCCUCUUUGGUGUUGCCGCAAUGAGAGUGGAAGGAAAAAAAUGAUUGUAUGUUAUGGUCACAGGUCCUUCAAGAUAUCAGAUUAAUGAAGAUUCUUUAUUUUAAGUUGCCUUUGAGUUCAUGUAUAUAAGCUGUAUUCAUUUCUUUAAACUGAAAAGUUUAGCCUUAACCUGAUUUUUUUUUUUUUACUAAAGAAAAUGAAUACCUUUCGUGUUUUGUUCAUAGAUUUCUGUUUCAAGAAAGAAAAAAGAAAAAAUAAUUACUGAAGGAAAGUCAUCCCCUUAAAUGAGGGACAGGUCCAUAUUUAUCACUAUGAUUCUGACAUACAGCAGCCACAAUUUAGUUCAUUCUCACUCCUUAAAUUACAACAGAUUUCCAUGAAUAGAAAAGAAAACCAUGGCACUCAUAUUGAGGCUGUAUGAGGAUUUGUAGCUGAACAAAGAAGGGGGUUUGGGGAUUGCCUAGUUACUCACCCAGAAUUUAUGUCUGCUGCUUUAUCAAUCACUACACACAUUGAGUCUUAAACUACCAUGAGGGGCAUUGUACAAAACUAAUUAAUUUGGGAUUGGAGGGUCUCUAACUAAUCAAAGUUGAUAACGUCUUCAUGUAGGCUGGCUCUGACCCAACCAAUCUGUUUCUGGGACCAAUCAAAACAGUCAAUGUGUUCACGUUCUAGAAAUCUUUGGGGGGGGGGGGGCAAAUCCAGACUCGUUGUGGAGAAGAAAUGUUAUUUGUCUGGAAUGAUGUGGAUGGGUAACCAGGCAAGGUUUGGAGUUGGAGGGUUGAGAUCCAGGUGCUGGGUUCGUCCAGCAAGGCACAGAGACUAGGCACAAAUGGAUUACAGUGUGAAGGAAGGAGUACAGUACACUGCAUUUCCAAGAAGUGAUUAGUAUAAGAAGCUUCAAAAUGAUAUGUGGUUUGGGGAGUAAUCUAGUGUUCCCUGUUGAUGGUGAAAGAAGUUGACGAAAGUUACCCUUUUUGGCUAUGCUUUUGCAACUAUAGUGCAACAGGUAAGUAUUCACUUUCACUUUUUCCACAUUUUGUUACUUUACAGCCUUAUUCUAAAAUGGAUUAAAUAAUGUUUUCCUUCAUCAAUCUACAGACAAUACCACAUAAUGAUAAGGAAAAAACAGGUUUAUAGACAUUUUUUGCAACAAAAAAAGUGUAUAUACUUCAGUAUUCAGACCCUUAACUUAGUACUUUGUUGAAGUACCUUUGGCAGCAAUUACAGCCUCGAGUCUACAAGCUUGGCACACCUGUAUUUGGGGAGUUUCUCCCAUUCUUCUCUGCAGAUCCUCUCAAUCUCUGUCAGGUUGGAUGGGGAGUGUUGCUGCACAGCUAUUUUCAUGUCUUUCCAGAGAUGUUCGAUCGGGUUCAAGUCCGGGCUCUGGCUGGGCCACUCAAGGAUAUUCAGAGACUUGUUCCGAAGCCACUCCUGCGUUGUCUUGUCUGUGUGCUUAGGGUUGUUGUCCUGCUGGAAUGUAAACCUUCACCCCAGUCAGGUCCUGAGUGCUCUGGAGCAGGUUUUUGUCAAGGAUCUCUCUGUACUUUGCUCCGUUCAUCUUUCCCUCAAUCCUGACUAGUCUCCUGAUUGCUGGAAUGCUGCAGAGAUGGUUGUCCUUCUGUUUCACCCAUCUCCACAGAGGAACUCUGGAGCUCUGUCAGAGUGACCAUCAGCUUCUUGGUCACCUCCCUGACCAAGGCCCUUCUCCCCCGAUUGCUCAGUUUGGUCAGGUGGCCAGCUCUAGGACGCGUCUUUGCCUCAACUUCUUCCAUAUAAGAAUGAUGGAGGCCACUGUGUUCUUGGGGACCUUCAAUGCUGCAGACAUUGUUUGGUACCCUUCCCUAGAUCUAUGCCUCGACACAAUCCUGUCUCGGAGCUCUACGGACAAUUUCUUCAACUUCAUGGCUUGGUUUUUGCUCUGACAUGCACUGUCAACUGUGGGACCUUAUAUAGACAGGUGUGUCCCUUUUCAAAAUCAUGUCCAAUGAAUUGAAUUUAGCACAGGUGGACUCCAAGUUGUAGAAACAUCUCAAGGAUGAUCAAUGGAAACAGGAUGCACCUGAGCUCAAUUGAGUCUCAUAGCAAAGGGUCUGAAUACUUGAAUAAUGUAGUUAUUCAGUUUUUAGUACAUUUACAAAAACAAUUCAAACCUGUUUUCACUUUGUUAUUAUGGGCUAUUGUGUGUAGAUUGACAAGGAAAUGUUGUAUUUAACCAAUUUUAGAAUAUGGCUUUAACGUAACAAUGUGAAGGGGUCUGAAUACUUUCCGAAUGCACUGUAUAUGCCAGGACCUGGAUUGUAUUCAUUAGGCAUCAAAGAAAAUGGACUAAAACAGUUCAAAAAGUGUUUGCAGCGAACAUGUUACUUAGUUACAAUUUCAGUUGUGUUCAGGGAGCAAUUUCAGGGAGAGUACCUGAACUUGUAUAGUGAGAAACACUAAUCCCCCACCCCCUGGUGAAUGAAUAUGAACCUGUUGUGAUUCUUCGUAGAAGCCAAACCAUGCCCGCUGAGGCUAGUUUUUGAUUCUCACAUGCAGCUCGCGCAAACAUUCAUCACUGUACACAAACACCCACCGAUGUCUCAGGAAGGCAUCAUUCUGUGUGUGUCGCUUGUUCUUUGUAAGAAUUUCCACUGUGCUACACCCCGCCUCCUGUCGCACACACUGACACACACAAACCCCUGCUACUGAGCCCCUGAGUUCUACAACCCUACAAUCACUCUCUUUAACCCGCUAGACCGGGACUUUGCAGAGAGGCUGGUCUGAACAGCAAGAGCUAUGAAGAGGAUGUCAAUAUGGAGUCUCUAGGAAUCAUAAAUGUGUUUAUUUUGUAUUUUCUUUAUUUUUGUACAGUCAAAGCUACUUCUCUUCCUCAAUCAGGAGGACCACACCUGUCCACAACAUCGCACGUCUCCCUCGGCAGCAAAUCGGGAAUAGCAACAGACUCCCCUCGAUUUGAAAAGUCUGGAAUAUGUUGCAAUUUUUGUCAAGAUCUAUCCAGACGACUUAAAACAAAAUAAAAUCGGCAUUUAAUAA